AUGCUGUGGGUCGACAAGUACCGCCCGACGUCGCUGUCGGCCCUCGACUUCCACCCCGAAGUGACCAAGCGCCUCUCGAACCUGUCGCAGUCAUCCGACCUGCCGCACCUGCUCGUCUACGGCCCCUCUGGCGCUGGCAAGAAGACGCGCAUCAUGGCGCUCUUGCGCGCUCUCUACGGCGACGGCGCUCUCAAAGUGCGGCUCGAGCACAAGUCGUUCAAGGCCCCGAACCGCAGCACGAAGGUGGAGAUCACGACCGUGGCCAGCAACUUCCACAUCGAGAUGAACCCGUCGGACGCCGGCUCGAGCGACCGCCUCGUGGUGCAAGAAGUGCUCAAGGAGAUCGCGCAGUACCAUCUGGCGGACACGAACGCUCGCCAGCCCUUCAAGGUCGUGCUGCUCAUGGAAGUGGACCGGCUCAGCAAACACGCGCAGCACGCGCUGCGUCGGACCAUGGAGAAGUACACGGCCACGUGCCGCUUGGUGCUGUGCUGCAAUAACCCGUCGAAAGUGAUCGAUCCGCUGCGCAGUCGCUGUCUCGGUGUGCGCGUCGGCGCGCCGACGACUGAACAAGUGUGCGCCGUUUUACAAGGAGUGUGUGUGAAGGAGGGGAUCGACUACUGCGCCCCGCUGGGCGAGCAGAUUGCGGUAAAGAGCGAGCGGAACCUUCGACGAGCGCUGCUCAUGCUCGAAACGUGUCGUGUGCAAAACUAUCCGUUCUCACCCGAUCAACAGAUUCAGUUGCCGGCAUGGGAAGAAUACAUUUGCAGUCUGGCAAAGGUGGUGCUGCAGGAGCAGUCGCCUGCUGGUCUCUUGAAAGCGCGUGAAAUGAUCUACGAACUCAUCUCCAACUGUGUGCCGUCCGAGGUGAUCCUCAAGGUGCUCUGCCGUGAACUCAUGAGCCGCUUGGACGACGACCUCAAGCACGAGCUCGUGCAAUGGGCCUCGUACUACGAACACCGCAUGCAGCGCGGCUCGAAGGACAUUUUCCACUUUGAAGCCUUCUUGGCCAAGUUCAUGACGAUCUACAAGAAGUUCCUCUUGGACCUGUACAUGUAG